AAUGCUACUAGCAUUUUAGAAUGAAAUCGUUCAUUUCUCCAUGUCUUAACAUUCAUACUUAUUUCUUCCUUCUAUGAUGACACAAGUGAAGUUUGCUUCCCCAAUAUUCUUGUUGCUAGUGGUGAUGCCAUGGUUCUCCCCGACAUUAGGCAACGAUUAUGUCGAAGAGGCGUGCAGUGUGACGCGCUAUCCCGGUCUCUGUGUCGACAUGCUAGCUUCAUUUUCUAGCACGGCCAAAGACAGCCCGAGCAAAUGGGCUCGGGCUGGGGUGUCAGUGACAAUUGGAGAAGUCAAGUUAGUUGCUAAGUACUUGGCCGCGUUGAAAAGCAAAAGGUACAAGAACAUUUUAUCUGACUGUGUCGAGUGUUUUCAAGAUACGCUCGACAAUCUUCACAGGUCUUUGGGAGUGCUUAGAAAUCUUAGUGCUUCCGAAUUUAGCAACCAAGUUGGGGACGUUACGACUUGGCUCAGUGCGGCUCUCACCGAUGAGGACACGUGUCUCGAUGGCUUUGAGGAGCGGAACAAGGGAAAGCGUGUCGUAAAUCUCAUAAAUCGUGUGAACAAUGCUACUUACAUGACUAGCAACGCGCUAGCACUUGUUAAUAAACUCGCUACGACUGGCCCGGGAUGCUUAGUAAAUGACUAGCUAGUAUUAGUUGAAGAUUACGUAUGUAUUUGAGCACUUAUAGUAUUUAUUUAUUGUUCCUAAACAAAAUGUAAUAUUUAUGUGUUUGAUUUUUGUUUAACAUGUCAUAUUGUGUAUAUAUAUUGUCAACAUGUAAGAGGCCUGAAAGGCUGAAAUAUAUGUUAUACUAUUUGUAUACGUUUAUUUUA